GACAUCUCAUGAUCUAAUUAUUGAAAAAUUAUGUGUUUAAUUGGGAUUUAUUUUAAUUAUUCCUCCUUGUUCAAGAUUCCAAACAAGGCCCCUCUUCCCCGAAGGAGAAGAUAGCAUAUAUUUCUUUCUCCUUCUAUUGUCAUGUGGCGCCAUCGACUAAUAAUUGACAGUCCAACAACACUGUGUGUUAGACAACCCCAAAACUCUCCAGACAAAGAUGGCCACCCAUGGGAAUGGCCAGAAGAAAGGCUUCAGUAUUAUGGCGUUCAGCAAGGUCAGUAACAUCGCCGGAAACUAUGCCCUGAAACCCGAACCUGCUGCUCCAGCCCCCGCAGCAACGAGCAAGUCCCGGAGUUGGCUCCUAAUGAGGAAAUCAUCAUCCAGGAGCUGUGCCCCCGAGAUCAACCGGGUCAACUCCGAAAAGAGGAUCAGUUUCUCAAAGGAAGAAGCGGAAUGGAAAGGAGAAGGAGGAGGAGGGGGAGGAGUCGUCAUCGCCGAGGGAAGGAGAUCGGUUUCGCAGGUGGAAACAAACUUGGCAUCAGUGGUCGCGUUCCUUCAGGUUAAGGUGAUGGUCUCGGACAUGCCGGGAUUCAUGCAGGUCCAUGCCUUUCGAUGUGCGAGGAGAACUUACGAUAGCUUGGAGAAGUUUAGCUCCAGACACAUGGCUUAUAACAUGAAGAAGAGGCACAUUCGUCCUUCAUUUGUCGGAAAUCCUUCUCAGUCGAUUGCGAUAUGUCAAGAUAUUUCAUUUUCACCAUAUUACUAUUGCUUUUUAUUCUUUUUGUAGUAAUUGCUACAUAACAAAUUUAAAGUCAUUAGAGAGUUAGACACAAAUUAUAUAUGUGGAGAUUUGGGAGUUGGCAAAUUUCUAGUUUCUUCACAUUACAAGGAUGAUCCAUGAGAUUGAUAGGAGAAUGAAAUGGGAAAUAAAGGGGUUGGGGAAAUUUCACAAUUACUCAAACACAAAAUAUGUCUUUGUGUUAUAAUUAGUCGAAUACGAGUGUUAUUGGAUUAAAAUCCCUUUCUCUGAGUUUGUAACUAAUUUAAAAUAGAAUGCAACGGUAAUUUUUUUGGCUGCAUUAUUAUUUAACAUUUGUAAUGUAUUGGGAUAGAGGAACUAUGGUAAAUUAAUUAAGUGAUACAACACGUACGUACGCCAUAAGCCUCUCUUACAAAUAAGUCAAUACCACAAGGAAAAGAAAUAUAUAUAUAUAUAUAUAUAUAUAUAUAUUCUAAUUAUAAUAACUUAUCUGCAAUAAGAAUAGAUCAAAUGAUAUCGUCAAAUUCCAUGUAUAUAAACCUUGGAUGACAUCCAAAGAUUCCAAACCUUUCGACAAAACUUGCCAUAGUCUGGACCCUGUAUAUUUUUAUGUGCAUGUAAAUGUGUUUUUCUUUUUUCAAUUAUAAGAGAGGUUCGAUAUAAUAUCAUGAAAUAGAAAUCCUAAUAACUAAAAUAUUCUCAUCACGAAUAUCGAAUCUGAAACCUCUUGAUUAUUAGACAAGAGCGUACGUCAAUAUGCUAUAUCCACUUUAAUUAAUCGUGUUUCUUUAAUUCCUAAUAAUUGGUGAAAUUUUUUUCCUUUGGAUCAAGAUUUGGACAGCCCAUGUGUCUUACAAGUAAUCAUAAUGGAAUCUGCAAUUACCAAUUGGUGUCAGUUAAAUAUGCUCUAUUCAUUAAAUUAAUUAAACGUUCAAACAUUGACCGUCUUUUCUUUUUUGUCUUCUUUGGGCUUUCCUCCCCAUGUGUAGACAUUGAAUUGGAACCACCUCUGAAUUAAAAAUACAAAAUUCUUUUCAUCCAUGUCACAUGGUCUCUGGUCUCUCUUUACUGGGAUCUAUUCCUAGAGUCAAAUAUUAUAUCACAAUAAUUGUUCGAACAUUGCAGCCCAAGUUUAUAAAAAUCAACCGACCAAGUUUUUGAUGCCUAUG